AUGCCGGAGAAAGACGAGAAUAAAGACCUGUACGACGACAUCCAGCUCACCGGACUGAAAUACCUGAAGGAAAAGAAUACGAUUGUCAGAUGCCUCUGGGGCGCGGUAGUGGUGCUUUUUAUUGGCUUGACCAUCUAUCAGAUCCAGAGCCAGUUGGCCGAUUUCAUGGAAUAUCCGGUAGUAACGAAUAUAGAAGCCGAGUACCCUGAGACCAUCUUCUUCCCAGCGAUUGCAAUUUGUAAUAAUAACCAAUACAGUAUCGGCUACCUAGCCAGCGACGAGGUUUUGAAGCGAAUGCCAGCUGACAAUCGUACUAUUAAUGCGACUUGGCCUUUAUUCAAGAAGGUGCUGAACACGAUGUGGGAUGUGCCAGCGGAUCAAUUUUUGAGAAAGGCUCUACCUCCCCUUAAUGCCACUAUCCUAUCUUGUCACCUCCCGAAUGGUACCGAGUGUAAUCCAGAUAUGUGGAAACAGAUCUGGACCAUAAAUGGGUUGUGCUGGGCUUUUAACAAUGACAGGGAUGAUCCGCUAGUGAUCGAGCAGCCAGGGGCAAGUCACGGCCUAAAGCUCGUCCUAAAUGCCGAAAGCUACGAUCGACCGCUGACUUGUGGAGCUGGGGGAAGUGCACAAGCCGAGAAUGGGUUCAAGGUUUUGAUCUACAACCAAACGGACGUACCGGUUUCCACGGCAAACGCCGUCAGCGUGACGCCCGGGGUGUCGACGAACAUCCCGCUGCGGAUCGUGAGCCGCACAAAGCUACCGGGGACCGGAUGUCGAGAAGAAACCCAAGAGUCGCUGGAUGCGGCCAACGACUAUUUCAAUGGCAACAACAUACGCACGUGCACCGGCCGGAUCUACCACGAGGCGUUUGAGAAAAAGUGCAGCUGCACGUUCCGUCAUUUGUACACCGGACUUGAUGUCAUCCCCGAAGGUGACAUCUGCGACGUGGAGAUGUACUUUGGAUGCGUGCAGUUUUUGCAGGCGAAAAUUUCGGUAGUUACGGAAAGCCGUGCAAAGAACGAGUGCAUACCAACCUGUGAACAGUUGGAGUUUGUAGCCCAACAGGACCUCAGCGAACUGCCAAAGAGCGUGCUGCCCCUAGACCAAGUCUACACGGCUGAUAUGAUACAAACGGAACGUCAGGAAGUGGUAGGCCGGGACGAGAACGGGACGCGCAUCUACCGGAGGCAGUUUGUGGACUGUGAAGAAUCGGAAUAUAUUACCGCGCAGCAGGUAACCGCGCUGAAGGCCCGGAUGGCCGACAUCCUGGAGAAGCGAUCAAGAUACGAAGACAUUGACCGACGAGAAUUUCAGUCUCUGAUUGAGUCGUAUUUAUGGGUCAAAAAAGUACAGCAAGACGAAGGAUACCCUGCAGACCCAUUAGAUCGGAACUCCUCGAAGACGAUCCUUGAAGCGAUCACGUACAAACGUUCAGCGUUUUAUGGGUGUGAGGAGUGGCUGAAAAGCGGAAUCCGCAAAGAGCAGUUGAACGACACCAACUUGCCGGUGCUGCUCAGGACGAAAAUUUCCGACGUCGUGGUGUGGGAGGACUUGGAACGGCUGAACACGUUCAAUCUGGCGCUUCGCGAUUACCUCGCCUUCGGCCAGACAAAAUACCAGUUUGCCGAUGCGUUCCUGUUCCUGAAUAUUGACUACAUGUUUGAGCACGACUUUCCGAAGAACUGGAAAAAACCGAUCGAUGACUUGCUGACGGAGGCGCAACGCGUGUUGAAGGCGCAAAAGGCCGAGUUCAUCGACGGGAUCGUGAGUGCUAACACCAACACCGAGAUGAGCAUCCCCUCCUUCGACCGUGCACUCACCGAGGAUUGCGUCGUGCAGCUAGAAUCUGGGAUCGCGGAGCUGAGGAGGAGCUUCGAGUCCGGAUAUCUACAAUUUACGAAAACCUUCGACGAAGCCUUCACCAAGCACUUCCGGCAGUACCGCGAGAAAUUUCUGCUGAAGGAAGAGUUCAAGAAACAAAACAUGGCAGUCGUCAACAUUUACAUCCGUUCGAAUACGGUAGAGAAAUGGACCCAGAAGUGGCAGUAUACUUUUUGGAGUUUGGCCUGUGACGUCGGCGGCGCUCUCGGACUGUUCAUAGGAGUGUCCGUAGCGUCACUACUCGAGAUCUUUUACGUCCUCUACCAACAUCUGAAUCUUAGGAGGCUCCGGAAAGCACAUGCGGCGAGAGUGGAAGCAUACGAUAUGAAAACGGCAGAAAAGAAUAGUAAUCUUGUU